AUAUGUGGGGCAUCAAUACGUAUUUGGCUUUUUGAUCGUUUAGGAGGUAUUGGUUCCUAUGCUUUUAGCAUACAUAAGGAUCCCAAAAUGUUUAUUCGAGUUAUCACUGAAUUUGCAAUUAUGGGAGUUUCUCGGCUUGGCUAUGACCCCUCUGUC